GAUUGGCUGGAAGGUGUGUCAGGCAGGCCCUGUGUCUUGGGUUACUUCCGUGUUUGGAUGCUGGGCCCUCCUGAUCAGUGUGAUGUGUGUGUGUCCAUAGAGACCGGGGACAGGAGCCGGUGCUGAGCCUGACCGGGACUGCUGAGGAGAAGCCAAGAGCUAACGUUCUGUGAAAUGGCCUUCCAAAAUGUGAUUAAAGGCACGCUCGUCCUUGGAGGGGGUGCUGUGGCUGCUGUAUUUGGUCUGUCUCAUCUUACUGACACAAAGAAAAAGACAAGAAUAACACACGUGAAUGCAGCGGAGUUGGUCAGACAGACUAAUCAGGAUGAACUGCCAUCCAGAGAGGCUCAGCUACUCACACUGGAAAACACUAAGGAAUUUGAUGUUCUGGUGAUUGGAGGAGGAGCCACAGGCUGCGGCUGUGCCUUGGAUGCUGUUUCCAGAGGACUUAAAACCGCUCUUGUGGAAAGAGAUGAUUUUUCCUCUGGAACCAGCAGUAGAAGCACAAAACUGAUCCAUGGUGGUGUUCGAUACCUCCAGAAGGCUAUUAUGAGGUUGGAUGUGGAACAGUACAAACUUGUAAAAGAAGCUCUUCAUGAACGUGCCAACCUGCUGGAGAUUGCUCCUCAUUUAUCUGCCCCUCUGCCUAUUAUGCUGCCUGUAUACAAGUGGUGGCAGUUACCGUACUACUGGGUUGGCAUCAAGGCCUAUGAUCUUGUAGCUGGCAGCCAGUGCCUAAAAAGCAGUUAUGUUCUCAGUAAAUCCAAAGCCUUAGAAUUGUUUCCAAUGCUUCGAAAAGACAAACUUGUGGGGGCCAUUGUCUACUAUGAUGGACAACACAACGAUGCUCGGAUGAACCUCGCCAUCGCUCUCACUGCUGCCAGGUACGGGGCUGCCACAGCCAAUUAUACUGAAGUGGUACGCUUGCUGAAGAAGACAGAUCCGCUGAACGGCAGGGAGCGCGUCUGCGGCGCACGCUGUAAAGACGUUCUAACAGGGCAAGAGUUUGAUGUCCGCGCCAAAUGUGUUAUCAAUGCCACCGGACCGUUCACAGACUCUGUGCGCAAAAUGGACAAUCAGGAGGUCGCCAAAAUCUGCCAGCCAAGUGCCGGCGUGCACAUUGUCAUGCCUGGAUACUACAGCCCAGAUAAUAUGGGACUCCUGGAUCCAGCCACCAGUGAUGGCAGGGUGAUCUUUUUCCUGCCAUGGGAGAAAAUGACCAUAGCGGGCACCACAGAUACUCCAACAGAGGUCACACCUCACCCCUGUCCCACUGAGGAAGACAUCAACUUCAUAUUAACUGAAGUACGGAACUACCUUAGCACUGAUGUAGAAGUUCGGAGGGGAGAUGUACUCGCAGCUUGGAGUGGCAUUCGUCCAUUGGUCACAAAUCCCAAUUCUACAGACACGCAAUCAAUAUCUCGCAAUCACGUUGUUGAUGUUGGCGAGAGUGGUCUUGUCACAAUAGCAGGAGGAAAAUGGACAACAUACCGCUCUAUGGCAGAGGACACUUUGGAUGCCGCAAUCUCAACUCACAACCUGAAGGCUGGUCCAUGCAAGACUGUGGGGCUUUUCCUUGAAGGGGGAAAGGACUGGUCCCCUACCCUUUAUAUCCGUCUUGUCCAGGAUUACGGCCUAGAGAGUGAGGUUGCCCAGCAUCUAGCUUCCACCUACGGAGACAAGGCGUUUGAGGUGGCGAAAAUGGCUAAGGUUACAGGGAAGAGGUGGCCGAUCGUUGGGAAGAGGCUGGUGUCUGAAUUUCCCUACAUCGAAGCUGAGGUGAAAUACGCAUUAAAGGAGUACGCCUGCACCGCCAUUGAUGUCAUCUCUCGCCGUACGCGCUUGGCUUUCCUUAACGUCCAGGCUGCAGAAGAAGCUCUGCCACGUAUUGUGGACAUUAUGGCAAAAGAACUGAACUGGAAGGAACAAAGGAAGAAGGAAGAACUGGAAGCUGCAAAAAAGUUUCUCUACUAUGAAAUGGGAUACAAAGCUCGAUCUGAACAACUCACAGAUCGAUCAGAAAUUAAUCUGUCUCCUUUGGACGUGGACAGGUAUAAAAAAAGAUUUCACACGUUUGAUAAGGAUAAGAAAGGAUUUAUAACCAUUUUGGAUGUCCAGCGUGUGUUGGAGAACAUACAUGUCCAGAUGGAUUCCAAUACCCUGCAUGAAAUCCUCAAUGAAGUUGAUUUGAAUAAGAAUGGACAAGUUGAGCUCAAUGAAUUUCUACAGCUUAUGAGCGCAAUCCAGAAAGGAUUUGUAUCAGGCAGCCGCCUGGCCAUACUGAUGAAGAACGCAGAGGAGAACAUGGAGCCAAGAGAGCCCAUACCAGUGGACCGCAGCGGUGGUGGCGUGUGAGUCUCAGAGAAAAUGGACGCGGAAUGCUGCUUCUCUGUGUUGGACAUCAUUCCAAGGCUUUUUGGCUGUAUAUGCUGCAAAUUUGGCACAAAGCAUGAACUUGAUAUUUUUCUAAGUGGCAAAUAUACUAUGAAAAACCAUUUAUACUCCAGUAUGUUGUAGCUCGAUAAAUACUGUGGCCAGCAAGUCUUUCUGAUUGCUCUGAAAAGCGAGAGUUCACACUCCUUGUUUAGGCUUUAAGCAAAGCCUUUAAAUGUGUGUUCCAAGUUUAUAAAAUAAUCUUUUAAUUUUAAUUUAUAUAAUUUAAAUAUGUUUUUAUUAUUCUAAAAGGGAACCUAUAGCACUAUUAUUGUCUCCCUAUGCAGUAAAUGGUCUCAUCCCCUGUAGCAGCUGGUCAGAUCUGACUUACGUUUCCUGUAUUGCACUGGUAACACGAAAGGGAGAAUCCGAUUUGUGUAUUAGCAACAAGAAUUGUAUAGGGGAAGGAUCAUUGUUGUUCUACAGCCAUUACGACUAGAGAUGAGUGAACCCAUUAAAACGCACCGCCCUUUUGAAACUACCAAUCAGUGCUCAUGUGUCCAGGGCCCCUCCAAAUCUCUGUUGCUCCAACAGGAUGUGCUUGAAUUCCAACAGAAUGCUGAGUUUAUUGAAAGCUUUUAAAUAAAACAAAACCCACAAUUUUCACUUUAUCAAAUGUGGACAAUAAAAAAAGGGGAUAUUUUGUCCUAUUCUGUCACAUGUAAGGCCUCCUGUUUAAUAAAAAGCUGACAAUGGCAGACAAUGAAGGAUCAAAACUCCCCCCCUGUGCAUGUUUUAGGACCUCCAGACUCAGACUAAUAUUUCAUAUUCAUAUGCCAUAAAUGACCAGUCAGCCAAAGAUUCAAUCCCUUCCUGCAAACUUCAAUUGAAAACAGUCAUUUGUCACAAUAAAGAAGAUCAAUUUGGCCAAAUUAAAUUGGAGUUUCCACUAAAAUUGAUUGUUUCUGUUUGAUAAAAAUGAUUGUUUAUUGGUCAAACUGCUAAUGUAAAAGAUUUAUGAGAUAAAAAAUUCUUUCCUUGAAA